CUGACACGUUUAUCCGCUCCUGUGAACCGGUUUUCUGUGUGUUUGCGGAGCAAAAUGGCUGCUGACUGACACACACACACGAUUAAACACAGACUGAGCGGCCUGUUUUGAGCUCGUGUGUGCGAGCACACCUGUGUGACAGGAAGUGUGUGCAUGUCACUUCCUGAGGGCGGCGCUGAAGCGUGUGCUGGACCCAAACACUCUGUGUUCUUCAGGACCGUGGGCGGGUGUUGAGGUCCAGAACUGGUCAGCUGUGUGUUGGUAAGGCAUUAUUAACCUUCAACGCUCCUGCUCUCCAUCUCCACCGGCUAUUCAGCUUUCUCUUUAUUAGUAAUGCCAUGGUCUCUGAGGCUCGUCCUGAGCUCCCGCUGCUUCGGUCUCGUUCUCUCGGACGCUGGAAUCGGGGAAACCCGUAAAGCACAUAAUCAGACCGGAUCGCCCGGAUCAGCCGCGCGUCGAGCAUGACGGCCACCACCCGCGGGUCUCCUGUGGGCGGCAACGAGAGCCAGAGCCAGGCGCCCGACACCCAGACCCAGACCCAGACCCAGACGCUCUCGCCGAACUCCUCCGAUGAGACGUCACCCAUCAGUCCACCAGAGGAAGUGGUUCAGGCAGAAGCUCCGCCCACACAGGAAGAGGAGGAGCCUGCCUUCCCACACACAGACCUGGCCAAGCUGGACGACAUGAUCAACCGGCCGCGCUGGGUGGUUCCGGUUCUGCCCAAAGGAGAGCUGGAGGUUCUGCUGGAAGCGGCGAUCGAGCUCAGCAAAAAAGGGCUGGACGUGAAGUGUGAGGCGUGUCAGAGGUUCUUCCGCGACGGCCUGACCAUCUCCUUCACAAAGAUCCUGACGGAUGAGGCCGUGAGCGGCUGGAAGUUUGAAAUCCACAGGUGCAUCAUCAGCAACACGCACCGGCUGAUGGAGCUCUGCGUGGCCAAGCUGGCCCAGGACUGGUUCCCUCUGCUCGAGCUGCUCUCCAUGGCCACCAACCCGCACUGCAAGUUCCACAUCUACAACGGCACGCGCCCGUCUGAGAGCGUCCCUGCGGGAGCGCAGCUGGCCGACGACGAGCUGUUCGCCCGGCCGCCCGACCCGCGCUCUCCCAAGGGCUGGCUGGUGGACCUCGUCAAUAAGUUCGGCACAUUGAACGGGUUCCAGAUUCUCCACGAUCGCUUCAUGAGCGCUCAGGCUCUCAACGUGCAGAUCAUCGCAGCGCUCAUCAAACCCUUCGGCCAAUGUUACGAGUUCUUGACUUUGCACACGGUGAAGAAGUUCUUCUCACCCGUAAUCGAGAUGGUUCCGCAGUUUCUGGAGAACCUCACAGACGAGGAGCUGAAGAAAGAGGCCAAGAACGAGGCCAAGAACGACGCUCUGUCCAUGAUCAUCAAGUCCUUGAAGAACCUGGCGUCCAGAGUUCCUGGUCAGGAGGAAACCGUCAAGAACUUGGAGAUCUUCCGGUUAAAGAUGAUCCUAAGGUUGCUGCAGAUCUCCUCGUUUAAUGGGAAAAUGAACGCGCUGAACGAAGUGAACAAGGUGAUCUCGAGCGUGUCGUAUUACACACACCGGCACGGGAACCCUGAGGAAGAGGAGUGGCUGACGGCGGAGCGCAUGGCCGAGUGGAUUCAGCAGAACCACAUCCUGUCCAUCGUGCUGCGAGACAGCCUCCACCAGCCGCAGUACGUGGAGAAGCUGGAGAAGAUCCUGCGCUUCGUCAUCAAGGAGAAAACUCUGACCCUGCAGGACCUGGACAGCAUCUGGGCGGCUCAGGCGGGUAAACAUGAAGCGAUCGUGAAGAACAUGCAUGAUCUGCUGGCCAAGCUGGCGUGGGACUUCUCCCCGGAGCAGCUCGACCACCUGUUCGACUGCUUCAAGGCGAGCUGGACGAACGCGAGUAAGAAGCAGCGUGAGAAGCUCCUGGAGCUGAUCCGCAGGCUCGCCGAGGACGACAAGGACGGAGUGAUGGCCCAUAAAGUGCUGAACCUGCUGUGGAACCUGGCUCACAGCGACGACGUGCCGGUGGACAUCAUGGACCAGGCCCUGAGCGCACACAUCAAGAUCCUGGACUACAGCUGCUCUCAGGACCGUGACACGCAGAAGAUGCAGUGGAUCGACCGCUUCAUCGAGGAGCUUCGCACGAACGAUAAGUGGGUCAUUCCGGCUCUGAAGCAGAUCAGGGAGAUCUGCAGCCUGUUUGGAGAAGCUCCUCAGAACCUCAGUCAGACGCAGAGGAGUCCACAUGUCUUCUACCGCCACGAUCUGAUCAACCAGCUUCAGCACAAUCACGCGCUCGUCACGCUGGUGGCCGAGAACCUGUCGGCGUACAUGGAGAACAUGAGGCAGUUCUCCAAAGAGUCUCCAGGAUUCGAUCCUCAGACGGUUCGGGUGGGCAGCCGGUACAGCCACGUACAGGAAGUGCAAGAGAGACUCAAUUUCCUGCGGUUUCUGCUGAAGGACGGCCAGCUGUGGCUCUGUGCUCCUCAGGCGAAGCAGAUCUGGAAGUGUCUGGCGGAGAACGCCGUGUUCCUGUGCGAUCGCGAGGCCUGCUUUAAGUGGUACUCCAAACUCAUGGGUGACGAGCCGGAUCUGGACCCCGAUAUCAACAAGGACUUCUUCGAGAACAACGUGCUGCAACUGGACCCCACGCUGCUGACGGAGAACGGCAUGAAGUGCUUCGAGCGCUUCUUCAAAGCCGUGAACUGCAGAGAGGGGAAGCUGGUGGCCAAACGCAGGGCCUACAUGAUGGACGACCUCGAGCUGAUCGGGCUCGACUACCUGUGGAGGGUUGUGAUUCAAGGCAGUGAUGACAUCGCCACACGGGCCAUAGACCUGCUGAAAGAGAUAUACACCAACCUCGGACCAAAACUACAAGUGAAUCAGGUGGAGAUCCAUGAGGACUUCAUCCAGUCGUGCUUCGACCGGCUCAAGGCCUCGUACGACACGCUGUGUGUUCUGGACGGAGACAAGGACAGCAUUAACUGUGCCAGACAGGAGGGCAUACGCAUGGUGCGGGUCCUCACGGUGCUCAAAGAGUACAUCAACGAGUGUGACAGCGACUACCAUGAGGAGAGGACCAUCCUGCCCAUGUCCAGGGCCUUCCGUGGGAAGCACAUCACCCUGGUGGUGCGGUUCCCCAAUCAGGGGCGUCAGGUGGACGACCUGGACAUCUGGUCUCACACCAACGACACCAUCGGCUCCGUGCGCCGCUGCGUUCUCGCCCGCAUCAAAGCCAACAGCACACACACCAAAGUGGAGCUGUUCAUUGGAGGAGAGAUCGUGGACCCUGCUGACGACCGCCGGCUGAUUGGACAGCUGAACCUCAAGGAUAAAACUCUCAUCACGGCGAAGCUCAUGCAGGUCAGCGCCAACAUGCCCUCGAGCCCCGACAGCUCGUCCGACUCGUCCACCGGCUCGCCCGGGACCCACGCCAACCACUUCAGCGACGGCCCGAACCCCGAGGUGGAGAGCUGCUUACCAGGAGUGAUCAUGUCUCUGCACCUGCGCUACAUCUCGUUCCUGUGGCAGAUCGCGGAUCUGGGCUGCACCCUAAACACGCCGCUACUGCGAGACGGAGCUCGAGUGCUCAUGAAGCUCAUGCCUCCAGAUACCACUACAGUGGAGAACCUCCGGGCGACGUGCUUGGAUCACGCCAAGCUGGGAGAGAACAGUCUGAGCCCCACUCUGGACUCGCGCUUCUUCGGGCCGCCCGCGUCACAAGUGCUCUACCUCACCGAGGUAUCUUCGGCACGCUGUGGAGACGACGGCUGUGACUUCCAGUACAACUUCUCUGAAGAGUGGUGUCUUCCGCUCUCGUACUGGAAGGCACACUGAGGAAGCAGACUUCCAGUACACUCAGUGCGGACAAUGGAGACGAGGCGCGGCUCUUACCUGAACGCCCUCAAGAUCAGCAAACUCAUGCUCACCGCCAUCGGGUUCGGGCACGUGAAGGCAGUGGCAGAGGCGUGCCAGCCUGUGGUGGAGGGCACCAACCCCGCCUCUCCGAUCAACCAGGCGACUCACGAUCAGGCUCUGGUUCUGCAGAACGCUCUCCAGAACAUUCCCAACCCCGGCUCCGAGUGCAUGCUGCGCAACGUGGCCAUCCGAUUGGCCCAGCAGAUCUCCGACGAGAACUUCUUCCAGGCCUCGAAGUACAUCCCGGACAUCUGUGUGAUCCGCGCGGUGCAGAAGAUCGUCUGGGCUUCGGGAUGCGGGAUGGUGCACCUCGUCUUCAGCUCCAACGAAGAGAUCAGCCAGAUCUACGAAAAGACGAAUGCGGGGAACGAGCCUGACGCUGAAGACGAGCAGGUGUGCUGUGAGGCGCUGGAGGUCAUGACCUUGUGUUUCGCUCUGCUCCCGACGGCCCUGGACACGCUCAGCAAAGAGAAGGCGUGGCAGACCUUCAUCAUCGACCUGCUGCUGCACUGCCAGAGCAAAGCGGUGCGUCAGACGGCCCAGGAGCAGUUCUUCCUCAUGGCCACCAGGUGCUGCAUGGGACACCGCCCCCUGCUGUUCUUCAUCACCCUCCUCUUCACCGUCCUGGGAAGUACGGCUAAAGAAAGAGCGAAGCACGCUGGCGAUUACUUCACGCUCUUACGCCACUUGCUCAACUACGCCUACAACAGCAACAUAAACCUGCCCAACGCCGAGGUGCUGCUCAACAACGAGAUCGAGUGGCUGAAGCGGAUCCGCGAUGAGGUGAAGGCGACGGGCGAGCCGGGUGUGGAGGACACCAUCCUCGAGGGCCAUCUGGGCGUCACUAAAGAACUGCUGGCCUUCCAGACGCCCGAGAAGAAGUUCUACAUCGGCUGCGAGAGAGACGGGGCUAAUCUAAUAAAGGAGCUGAUUGAUGACUUCAUCUUCCCGGCGUCUAACGUGUACCUGCAGUACGUGAAGAGCGGCGAGUUCCCGGCGGAGCAAGCUAUCCCAGUGUGCACCAGUCCCGCCUCCAUCAGCGCCGGCUUCGAGCUGCUCGUGGCGCUCGCUGUCGGCUGCGUGCGGAACCUCAAGCAGAUCGUCGACACGCUCACGGACAUGUACUAUCUAGGUUGCGAGGCUCUGACGGAGUGGGAGUAUCUUCCACCGGUGGGGCCGAGGCCGAAUAAAGGCUUCGUGGGCCUGAAGAACGCGGGAGCCACGUGCUACAUGAACUCGGUGAUCCAGCAGCUCUACAUGAUCCCGCACAUCCGCAACGGGCUCCUGGCCAUCGAGGGCACCGGCAGCGACAUCGACGACGACACGUCCGGGGACGAGAAGCAGGACCACGAGGCGGAGGACCGUAAGGAGUACAACAUCGGCGUGCUCCGGCAUCUGCAGGUGAUCUUCGGGCACCUGGCGGCGUCCCGGCUGCAGUACUACGUGCCCCGCGGCUUCUGGAAGCAGUUCAGGUUAUGGGGGGAACCGGUGAAUCUGAGAGAACAGCACGACGCGCUCGAGUUCUUCAACUCGCUGGUGGACAGCCUGGACGAGGCGCUGAAGGCCCUCGGGCAUCCCAGCAUGCUCAGCAGGAUCUUGGGCGGCUCGUUUGCAGACCAGAAGAUCUGUCAGGGUUGUCCUCACAGGUAUGAGUGUGAGGAAUCCUUCACAACGCUGAACGUGGACAUCCGGAACCACCAGAACCUCCUGGACUCUCUAGAACAGUAUGUCAAAGGGGAUCUUCUGGAAGGAGCCAACGCGUACCACUGUGAGAAGUGCAACAAGAAGGUGGACACAGUGAAGCGUCUGCUCAUAAAGAAGCUCCCGCCGGUGUUAGCCAUCCAGCUGAAGCGCUUCGACUACGAUUGGGAGCGCGAGUGUGCCAUCAAGUUCAACGAUUACUUCGAGUUCCCCCGCGAGCUGGACAUGGAGCCGUACACGGUGGCCGGCGUGGCGAAGCUGGAGGGGGACGAGGUUCCGCCGGAGAGCCAGGUCAUCGCGGAGAACCCCCCGGCGAAUCCCGACGCUAGCUCGCGCUACAGGCUCGUGGGCGUGCUAGUGCACUCGGGUCAGGCUAGCGGCGGACACUACUACUCCUACAUCGUCCAGCGCCACGGCAGCGACGGCGACGGGCUGAAGGACCGCUGGUACAAGUUUGACGACGGUGACGUGACGGAGUGUAAGAUGGACGACGACGAGGAGAUGAAGAACCAGUGCUUUGGUGGAGAGUACAUGGGCGAGGUGUUCGAUCACAUGAUGAAGCGCAUGUCGUACCGGCGGCAGAAGCGCUGGUGGAACGCGUAUAUUCUGUUCUACGAGCGCAUGGACGCCACAGGGGGCGACGACGAGCUGCUGAAGUACAUCACCGAACUCACGCUCGCGUCCCGGCCCAACCAACCCAAGAUGCCCUCGGCCAUCGAGGCCAGCGUCCGCAAGCAGAACGUGCAGUUCAUGCACAGCCGCAUGCAGUUCAGCCUCGAGUACUUCCAGUUCAUGAAGAAGCUGCUGACCUGCAACAGCGUAUACCUGAACCCUCCUCCAGGUCAAGAUCACCUGUUGCCGGAGGCUGAAGAGAUAGCGAUGAUAAGCGUACAGCUCGCGGCCCGGUUUCUGUUCAGCACCGGCUUCCACACGAAGAAGGCGGUCCGAGGCCCGGCGACUGACUGGUAUGACGCCCUGUGUCUCCUGUUGCGGCACAGCAAGAGCGUGCGCAGCUGGCUAGCCCACAGCGUGCUGUUCUCCUUCCCCACGCGCUUCUCCGAGUUCCUGCUGGAGUGUCCCAGCGCAGAGGUCCGCGGAGCCUUCGCCAAGCUGAUCGUUUUCAUCGCACACUUUUCCCUGCAGGACGGCCCGUGCCCUGCUCCAGUUACCUCUCCCAGCACACCCACACAGGCCUGUGACCCCGCGACCCUGAGCGAUCACCUGUUACGGGCGGUGCUGAACCUGCUGAGGAGAGAAGUGUCCGAACACGGCCGGCACCUCCAGCAGUACUUCAACCUCUUCGUCAUGUACGCCAACCUGGGUCUGGCAGAGAAGACGCAGCUGCUGAAGUUAAGCGUGCCAGCGACCUUCAUGCUGGUGGCGCUGGACGAGGGUCCCGGUCCUCCCAUCAAGUACCAGUACGCCGAGCUGGGCAAACUCUACGCGGUGGUGUCGCAACUGCUGCGGUGCUGCGACGUGUCCUCGCGCAUGCAGUCCUCCAUUAACGGUAACCCCCCGCUGGCCAACCCGUACGGGGACCCCGGCCUCACGGCUCCCAUCAUGCCCCUGCAGCCGCCUGUGGCCGAGACCCUGUUCGUGCGCACCAGCUACGUGAAGAAGAUCAUCGAGGACUGCAGCAACUCUGAGGAGACGGUGAAGCUGCUGCGCUUCUGCUGCUGGGAGAACCCUCAGUUCUCCUCCACGGUGCUCAGCGAGCUGCUCUGGCAGGUGGCGUAUUCCUACACCUAUGAGCUGCGGCCGUACCUGGACCUCCUGCUGCAGAUCCUGCUGAUCGAGGACUCGUGGCAGACGCACCGGAUCCACAAUGUUCUGAAGGGCAUUCCCGAUGACCGAGACGGGCUCUUCGACACCAUCCAGCGCUCCAAGAACCACUACCAGAAGCGGGCCUAUCAGUGCAUUAAGUGCAUGGUGGCGCUGUUCAGCAACUGCUCUGUGGCCUAUCAGAUCCUGCAGAGUAACGGGGACCUGAAGAGGAAGUGGACGUGGGCGGUGGAAUGGCUGGGCGAUGAGCUGGAGCGCAGGCCUUACACUGGAAACCCUCAGUACACGUACAACAACUGGUCUCCUCCAGUACAGAGCAACGAGACGUCCAACGGCUACUUCCUGGAGCGCUCGCACAGCGCGCGCAUGACGCUAGCCAAGGCCUGCGAGCUCUGUCCUGAAGAGGUGAGCGCUCAGUCACUCAAACCUCACCAAACGCCGCUGGAGCCGGACGAUCAGGAAGCCCCUGACGAGCACGACUCGACGCCGCCUGAAGACACGGCCCUCUAUCCUCCCUCUCCAGCGGCACCGUCUCAGUAUCAGCAGGUGAAUACUCUUCCUCACGGGCAGCCGUACACCGGGCCGGCCGCUCAGCACAUGAAUAACCCUCAGCGAGCAAGUCAGGAGAGCUGGGACGGGUCUGACGAGGUUCCCCCGGCCCAGAGCAAAGAGUAGAGACUCGACCCGCUCGUUCCAGAGACCAGAACCGGAGAACACACUCUCGUAACACACCCAACUCCUGCAGCGCUGACUCUCUCUCCUCACACACACACACACACACACGCGCGGGUCUCAGCGCUGCAGAGUUCGGUGCGCAAACACACACACACACACACAGCUCUGUGUGAGCCGGCAGGAGUGGUGAUGGUGUGUAGAUAGUGUGCAGAAAUCUGGAGUUUGGGACGCGCUCCAUUUCCAGAGACGACAUCAUCAUCAUCAUCAUCAUCGUCGUCCUGUCACACACAGCAGAAUGAAG